GAGCCGCCAUGGAGCCGCUCCGGCCUUUGCUCGUCCCGUUCCUGCUGCCCGAGCACUGCUUCGACCAAUUCUUCCUGCGCUUUCAGCUGCUCGAUGUUCCGUGCCUGAAAAUCCUCCUGAGCAAAGUCCUGGGCUAUGGGAUCGUGGCGGGAUCUGUCCUGGUGAAGGUCCCUCAGCUGCUGAAGGUUUGGGGGUCCCGCAGUGGGGGGGGGCUCAGCCUCCCCUCGGUGCUGCUGGAGCUGCUGGCCCUGGGGGGCUCCGUGAGCUACGGCUGGGCCAGGGGCUUCCCCUUCAGACCCCCCAAAAUGUCCCAAAUUUGUCCCAAAUUUGCCCUGCAGGAAACCGGGGAUCUCCUUUUGGCAUCGACCUUCGCAGCCUCGGCCACCUGUAACGGGGUCCUGCUGGCCCAGGUGUUGCUUUUGGGGGGCACCCGGGACCCCCACCCCAAAAAAGAGUGACCCC